UCUCUCUAUCUAUCUAUCUCUAUCUCUCUCUCUCUAAAACUCUUUUAGUAAGCAAACGUACAGAUUAAAGAACUUAAACUUAAAUUUACACCAUGGGAAGAUCACCUUGUUGUGAAAAGAAUGGGUUAAAGAAAGGUCCAUGGACUGCAGAAGAAGAUCAAAAACUGAUUGAAUACAUUCAGAAGAAUGGCUAUGGAAACUGGAGAACUCUCCCCAAGAAUGCUGGAUUACAGAGGUGCGGAAAGAGUUGCAGGUUAAGAUGGACGAAUUAUCUGAGACCCGAUAUUAAAAGAGGAAGGUUUUCUUUUGAAGAGGAGGAAACAAUUAUUCAACUACACAGUGUGUUGGGGAACAAGUGGUCUGCUAUUGCAGCUCGUUUGCCAGGAAGAACUGAUAACGAAAUCAAGAAUUACUGGAACACCCACAUUAGAAAAAGACUUCUUCGAAUGGGAAUUGAUCCAGUUACCCAUAAUCCUCGACUUGAUCUUCUUGAUAUUUCAUCCAUUUUAAGCUCAUCGUUUUAUAGCCAAUCUCACACAAACAUGUUCGGGGUUCAACCAGUGGUUAACCCUGAAUUGUUGAGGUUAGCAGCAUCACUCCUCUCUUCUCAACGCAAUCAAAACACUUUUGUCCACCAAAAUGGUCAAGAAAACCAAUUCGGAAGUCCCCAUCAAGUUCAAGAAAAUCAUCUAGUCCAACUCCAAAACCAAGAUCAUCAAACCCUAAUUCAAGAAAUCCCUAGUUGUGCCCCAUUGAGUAAUUACCCUAGCUGUGUUCAAUACUCUAGUGAAUCUUCCCAACUCAUGGAACCAAAUGUAGACCAACUUCCUUCGAGUUUUUCGCAUGUUAACCCACAAACUUGCGCAUUGAAUGAUUGGCAAAACAAUCUUGAUAACUUUAUCGCCAUCGACAACUAUGGCUACCAUCAACACGUAAGUGAUUUUGACUUCAACUCACAUUUGUCGAAUCUAUCAACACCUUCGUCAAGUCCAGCUCAUCUAAAUUCGAACUCGAACUCCACUUACAUCACUGGAAGUAGCAGCACCGAAGAUGAAAGAGAAAUCAGCUAUUGCAGCAAUUUGUUCAAAUAUGAAUAUCAAGAAAUCUUGGAGUCGAAUGCUUUUAUGUAAUUUUUGAAUAUAUUGUAAUUUGAAUCCAGCUACAUGAUC